GAAUAAUAAUAAUAAAAAAAAAGGCCAUGCUGCCGCUCUAUAAACAAACAGUCACCCUUCGCCCUCCUCGCGGAAAAUCCUAGAAACAGAAAGAAAUCGCACUCAUGGCGAAGCCGCAGCUUCUUCUGGUCGUCGCCGCCGCCGCACUGCUACUCGUCGUUGCAGCCUCCGCCAAGAAAUCCGGCGACGUGACGGAGCUCCAGAUCGGCGUCAAGCACAAGCCAGAAUCCUGCAGCAUUCAAGCUCACAAAGGCGACAGAGUUAAAGUUCACUACCGUGGAAAACUUACUGAUGGAACAGAUUUUGAUUCUAGCUAUGAAAGAGGUGACCCAAUCGAAUUUGAGUUGGGCACUGGCCAAGUGAUCAAAGGGUGGGAUCAGGGCAUUCUGGGCAUGUGCGUUGGCGAGAAGAGGAAGCUGAAGAUCCCUUCAAAGCUCGGUUAUGGUGCUCAAGGGUCACCGCCGACCAUCCCUGGUGGAGCGACUCUCAUUUUCGAUACCGAGCUUGUUGCUGUCAAUGGCGAGCCAGCCAGCAAAUCCGAUGAGGACGAUGAUGACAGCGAGCUUUAGAUAGCCAGGAUGGUUCACAUCUUACGCGCCAAAACAAAGUCUAGUUGUCGAAUCAAAUAGUGAGUAGUGAAAUGCAAUGCAUUUCAAAUUCAGGACCCCAUAGAGAAAUCAACUCUCUUUUUUUUUCACCAUGACCUUAUCUGCUAUUUUAUAACAUAAGCUUCUAUUUAACUUUUAGCCUUUCUGAACAAUUGCAUGAUCUGUGAUGCAUCUUUUGUUCCAAAUUGUAGACUUGUUUUGCGCUUCGUUUUGUUUGGAAAAUGGUUACAAACAUAACUGCUGUGCCGGUUUGGCUUCUAUGUGUGAUAUAGCAUCCGAAUUGUAUGAA